AUGUUCAAACACCAAGAUCCACCACCAAAGGAAGAGAUCACCACUCCAUCACCAAACACACCUCAACAACAAGAAGAGGAAUUGAAUUGUAUCAUUUGUCUUCGGAAAGAAGUAAAUAAUCCUGGCAUGUUGUUGCCAUGCUUACAUUGCAAUUUCUGUACCCACUGCAUUGCCAUGUGGCUGGAGAGAAGUACCAAGUGUCCUCUCUGCAAUGCAGUGGCCACUCAUCUCAUCCAUGAUAUAUUUAGUAAGAAACAUUUUCAAAUCACAUGCUUGUACCAUGAAAAUUCAUCAUCGGACUCGAUGGACAACAAGCUGGGGACAACAAUAAUGCCAUCCAUACCGCAACAUGCUUUUAGACAUUUUAUAUAUUAUCAACAAGAUCCUUUUUAUUCAUUGUUUAAUAGUAAUAUUCAUAAACGAAAGAUAAACAAAUCAAUCCAUGAGAAAAUUCAAUUGGAAAUGAGGAUUAAAUUAUUUAUUAAGAGAGAAUUGGAAACAAUUUUCAGAUCAUAUUCCAUCGGAAUGAUUCAGUGUCAUAUUGAAGGCUUAUUAUCAAGCCCAGAAUUUUGCUAUUUGAAAUUAAUUAACGAUUGGUCGCCACAUUUAGGAAAUUAUUCUCAUGGUCCUCAAAUUGAAUUAUUUGAACAUCAAAUUGAAUCAUAUUUAAAUAAUUUUACUCAUCAUUUCAUACAUGAGUUAUUAUUAUUUUGCAUGUCCAAUAUCACUCAACCAGAUCGAUAUGAUGAAUUAGUGGAAUAUGAAAAGAAAAGCCAUUUAAAUUUCAAGAAGGAACAAUUUACACAAUAA